AUGGCUGCCCAGGGAGAGCAGCAGGUCCAGUUCAAGCUUGUCCUGGUGGGCGACAGCACUGGGAAGACAACGUUCGUGAAGUGCCACUUGACGGGCAAGAAGUAUGUAGCCUCCCUGGCCUUGGAGGUGCACCCGCUCGUCUUCCAUACCAACAGAGGAACCAAGUUCAACUUGUGGGACACAGCCGGCCAAGAGAAGUUUGGGGGCCUGCGCGAUGGCUACUACAUCCAAGCCCAGUGUGCCAUUAUAAUGUUCGAUGUAACAUCAAGAGUUACUUACAAGAACAUAUCUAACUGGCACAGAGAUCUGGUACGAGGGUGUGAAAACAUCCCCAUUGUAUUGUGUGGCAACAAGGUGGAUAUUAAGGACAGGAAAGUGAAGGCAAAAUCUACUGUGUUCCACCGAAAGAAGAAUAUCCAGUACUAUGACAUUUCUGCCAAAAGUAACUACAACUUUGAAAAGCCUUUCCUCUGGCUUGCCAGAAAGCUCAUUGGCGAUCCUAAUUUGGAAUUUGUUGCCAUGCCUGCUCUUGCCCCACCUGACGUGGCCAUGGAUCCAGCUCUGGCAGCAUAGUAUGAGCAUGAUUUAGAGGUUGCUCAGAUGACUGCCCUCCCGGAUGAGGAUGAGGACCUGUGAGAAUGUGAAGCUGCGGCGCUGCGUCAGAAGUCUAGUUUUAUAGGCAACUGUCCUGUGAUGUCAGGGGUCCAGGGUGUGUGCCACCUUAUUCAGCUAACAGAUCGUGUGCUUCACUGGGAUGCUGAAGGAGAUGAAUGGGCUUCGGAGUGAAUGUGGCAGUUAAAACAUACUUUAAUAUAUUUUUUUUGGACUUGCAUAUUCAGCUGUUUGGAACAGUGUUGUUUCCUUCCUGAAUUUCAAAGAUAAGACUGCUAAGGUCGCAUCACAAUACUCAGUGGUGAAACUUUGUUUAUUACUGUCAUUCCCAUUCUUUUCCUUUAGAAUCAGAAUGAAGUUGUAUUUCAAAUAAUCUUUAAAAAAAUGUAAAUGCUUUGAAACUUCAUAUUGUUUUGUAUACACAGUGAGCACUGAGGAUAGAGGUUAAAGCUUUAAUAUUGUACACUUAAGAUUAUUAGACUGUUCCAAGGAACAAAACUACUUUCAUCUAAAAGUAAUAUCCAAUGAAAUACUUAAGAAUAAAAAAUAUUUGUGUUGUAAAAUUAAAACAUUAAAUAAUACAGGGAGAUAUAAGCCAGAAAAGGA